GUUUCAAGUUUCAAAUUAGCUUUAGGAGUAGUUUCUAAAUAUUUGGUUUCAUUUUUCUUAUUUGUUCCUUUUAGGGCUUAUUGUCAUGAAACGUUUAGCGAUGAUUGAUAUUUUGAAGUCAAUGAUUAUUGGACUCAUAUAGUUUGAUGACGUGUAUUAUAUUACGAAAAUUCGAAGAUAGUUCCGGUAAAUGAAGGUAAAUAGCAAUUCAAACGAAGGGAAGAUGAAUCUCAACUCAGUUACUGUUGAAAGUGUUUACAAUACAGCUGAAGGUACUGUAACUUCAACUAUUUCAGAGGGACAAGAUUUGAGGCUGAAAUCUUCUUAUCCUGCUAGAGGGAAAACAACUUUUUGUGAUGGAAUACGUACUGUAGAUUUCAUUUUGGUUUGGGAUACUGAGUAUUCAUCUUGUAUGGAAGCAGACUCUUUUCAAAAACGCAAGGUGUUUGAAGAUAAUCUGAAGUUGGAAGGAUUAGAGCUUGAAUACGAACCAGUUUCUGUAGGAAGUACUCUAAAUUUUAUCAAAAUUAAUGCUCCACUGGAGGUUUUGAGGAGAUACAGUGAAAUUUUAAAGCUAAGGCUACCGAUGAAAAAGGAAUUGUGUGUAGUUCAUGACCAUUCUUCAAAAACCUCAGUUUUUGAUUCAAAUUAUGAUAGGGAAGAAGUUUAUGAAGGAGAUCCUAUUAAACAUGAUCCUGGAAUAUCAGAUGUGUUUCAUAAAACUUCCAAUUCAAUCAUGGAAAAGUUUAUCUAUGUUGACAAGAAAAUAUUUCCUGAUCGAAGGCAUCGAUUUACUGCAAUUUACAGUCGUGAUAAGGAAUAUUUGUUUGACAUCUUGUCUCCAAAUUUUUUUACCCAAGCUGUUCGUUCAAGAAUAAUUCAAUUUAUUUUGGAUAGAACUUUUUUUGGUGAACCCACUUCCAAUGACAUGUUCGUAUUCGGCAUAGAAAGACUUCUUAGCGAUGUUGUAUAUACAGCUGCCUACCCUUUACAUGAUGGAGAUUUGUACACUGGAGGGACUAUGAGGCAUACACUUUUGACGGAAUGGGCCUCGGUAACCAAAUGGUAUAGAUACCAACCUGUUGAUUAUGUAAGAGAAUAUUUUGGUGUUAAAAUUGGACUAUAUUUCACCUGGCUUGGCUUUUAUACUCAUAUGCUCUUUCCUGCUUCAAUUGUGGGACUUGCCUGUUUCAUCUAUAGUUGGUCGACAUUAGGUGAAAAUCAACCAAGCCAUGAUAUUUGCGAUGGGAAACUUAAUAUUAAAAUGUGUCCUUUAUGUGAUAAAUUUUGUGAUUACUGGGAUCUUCAAGACACCUGUUUUCAUUCCAAAGUUACAUAUCUUUUUGAUAAUUACACAACUGUAUUCUUCGCUGUUUUUAUGUCAGUUUGGGCAGUGACUUUCCUAGAGCUUUGGAAAAGAUACAGUGCUGAAAUGACUCAUCGCUGGGACUUGACUGGAUUUGAUUGUCAAGAAGAGCAACCACGACCUCAGUACCUGGCCAGAGUAGAAAGACUGAAAUCUAGAUCAAAAACAAAAAUAAAUGUAAUUACAGGUGUUAUAGAGAGGAAAGUACCAUUUUGGACAAUUCGUUUUCCAGCCACCAUCCUCAGUUUUUCCAUUGUACUACUGCUGGUGACCUUAGCAUUAGCAGCAGUAUUAGGAGUUGUUCUGUAUCGAAUGUCUGUUUUAGCAGCACUCAGUGUUUAUGGUGGCAUCGACAUUUCAUCGUAUGCCAUAAUUUUUACAACUACAACAGCUGCAAUUAUCAAUCUCGUUUGUAUUGUCAUAUUCCAUUGGAUGUAUUCUUGGCUCGCAGAAUAUUUGACUGAAUUAGAAAUGCAUCGGACUCAGACAGAAUUUGACGAUUCUCUCACGCUGAAAAUGUAUCUUCUAGAGUUCAUAAAUUAUUAUGCUUCUAUAUUUUAUAUUGCAUUUUGUAAAGGAAAACUAGUUGGAUAUCCAGGAAAAUAUAAUAGGCUUUUUGGUUAUCGCCAGGAAGAGUGUGGCCCAGGUGGAUGCCUGUUAGAAUUAUGUAUUCAACUUAGCAUAAUUAUGGUUGGGAAACAAGCGAUGAAUACUAUUCUUGAAAUGGUUCAACCGAUGGUCUACAAAUGGUGGAAGAAAAGAACGAUUAAAAGAAAUCGUUCAGAAGGUAAAAGAAUGCCACAGUGGGAAAAAGAUUAUGAACUUGUGGAAUGGGGUCACCAUGCACUAUUUCCCGAAUACUUGGAAAUGGUUCUUCAAUAUGGAUUUGUUACAAUUUUUGUAUCUGCAUUCCCUCUGGCACCACUUUUUGCUCUGGUAAAUAAUAUUCUAGAAAUGAGGCUAGAUGCCAAAAAAUUACUGAUGUAUCACAGACGACCAGUUGCCCAACGCGUUCGAAAUAUUGGAAUAUGGUUCCGAAUUCUGGAUUCCAUUAGUAAACUUGCAGUCGUCACUAAUGGAUUUAUCAUCGCGUUCACAUCCGACUUCAUACCUAGGUUGGUGUAUACUCUGACAGUCAGUGAAGAUAGAUCACUUGCAGGAUUUCUCAAUGAUUCUCUUGCUGUGAUGAACACUACUGAUCUAGACUUAGAUCAUCCUCCUUUUCCAUCAAUACCUCUCUGCAGGUAUCCUGAUUACAGAGAACCACCUUGGUCUCCAAAUAAAUAUAUGAAAACCACUAUGUAUUGGAGGGUUCUUGCAGCAAGGCUCACGUUUGUUGUCAUUUUUGAGAAUAUAGUGGUGAUGGUUGUUGUGUUCGUCGGAUGGUGUAUUCCUGACGUUCCUACUCGCUUAAAAGAACAAAUAAGAAGGGAAACUUUUAUCACUAACGAAAUAAUAAUUCAUCAAGAAGCAAUAAGGACACGAAACAGUAGAUUUGAAAAUAAUGAACAGGAUCAAAAAAAUAGUGACAAUGACCACAGCAUGAUGUUUCAACCGCCCAAUAAGCAGUGGAAUAAAGAUUUUAGUUUAAAACCUCAAGAUGAGGCAUUAGUGCAUCGCCCACCUGACUAUGGUGAAAUAUUUGAAGACACGGUUUAAAUUUGAUGCUUGAAACCAUUUUUGGACCUGUUUUCUAUCAAUACAGACUAAUUUGUAUUUGUUAUAGUGAUACAAUGAUCUCUUCAGUCCAAAAAAAAUUUUUAUAUCGGAUUUUUGUUAAACAAAUUAGCAUUUUUCUUUUCUUUCGCUAAAGCAACACUGUUUUGUGAUAUAUUGAAUUGGAAGAUUUUUAGUCUUAAGAUUCCCGAGAUAGUAAAGAAUGGAUUGAUCGAUGAUUGUCUUCAAACUUAUUCAAGUAUUUUUUGAAAGCUUGUUUUUGCAGUUUUACGAAUUAUUUAAUUAUUAUUUCCUGUUCAGCUUCUGUUAUGCCAUUGCUUUUUCAUGAUGAGGAAAAAUUGAUAUUUAUUUAAUUUAUAUAAAAUGUAAAAGCAUUUAGUUUUACUCCCUGCUCUUUGCAGGUGCCAUAUUAAGGAGGGUACCAUGUUGUAUUAAUACCCAAAGAUAA